GUCCUGGCUUGUAAGUUGUACACCAAAAUCUUCAAAAGGCCCAAUUGUUGGCUGCAUGACAAGAAACUCCCCCAAUUUUUUUUUCUUUCUAAAAUUCUAGAGAUUGUCAUUUGAACUUGGACCGAGUCUCUAGCUUUGCCUAUUUACAUCACAAGAAAAGCAAAAGGAAAAAAGGAGGAAUUUUUUUUUCAACAAUCAAAGCCAACUUGCAUUUUUAAUAAAACAACACAACUGUAAAUCAUUAUCAUCUUUUCCUGCAAAUUUCUUCUUUUUUUUUUUCCCCACUCUUAAUCAUGCCAUCUCCUACCAUUUUUUUAGCCAGAAGAGAGAGAAAACGAAGAGAAUUUCUCUCUUGGCAGACACUCCAGGAAAUGACCAUGCAUAUCAUCUCCUGGGACUAGGCCUGUUUUCAACCCUCCUACCAUGUCUUUCUCAUUCUAGCCUCUCUUUUCUUCCCUUUUCUUUACCAUUAAAAAGUAAAUGAUAUCUCAUUUCUGGCCUUGUAUUCUUUUACAUUUCAAUUGAAAAGCACCCAUGUUCUCUCUGCUUGUUUGCUUGAAAAUACACCAUUCCUCUCUAUAACAAAAAAAACUGCAUUCUAAACAGAGAGCUGAGCAGGAAAAUAUGAGGGAUAAUUCACCGGAAAAGAAAUCGGGUUGUGGGAUAUUGAAUGCAGUUUUUGGGAAGGGUAGGUUUUGGCUUAGAAGGUCUACUUCUACUGGUUCAUUGCCAAUCCAUAACAACAACAAUGUUAAAACAGCAAGCUCAAAUACAAAGAGGAGGCGGAGUGGUUCCGAUGAGUCUUCCUUUUUUAACUCUUCGGUGAAUGGACCAGAAGCGCCAACAAAACCAUCCACGAAACCGCCUCCAAAUCAUCCCAAGUCCCCUGCGUUACAUCAACAAUACCAGGUUCGGAAACAUCCUGAUGAAGUAACCAGAAUAACACCUAACCAAGGAUAUGUCAACCGUGGUAGAAGGGUGCCCAAAGAAGCUCUUAGUAUCUCCGGUGAGCUUGAAAACAUGAUCGUGGAUCAUAAAAAAACAAAAGGAAACAGCAACCUGGUUCGAGCCUCGUCGAGUAAUAUUAUGCUUUAUGGCAAUUUAGGCAACUUGAGGCAACCCGGAGGAGGAAACACUAAUUCAUAUAACGUUAUUGAUCAACUCCCUGCGACUGCAAGAGAGGACAUCUCAACACCUAAUGGGAAAUAUCGUAACAGUGUAAUGGGAAAUGUGGUGAAGAAACCGUUUGAGGAAAAGCGUGCGGAAGAACAGCCAGCUUCUCUAUGCAGAGCUCUUUCUACAAGAAUGGACCCCGAAACACUGAAAAUCAUGGGCAAUGAAGAUUAUAAAAAUGGGAAUUUUGCAGAAGCAUUGGCUUUGUAUGAAGCAGCCAUCGCCAUUGAUCCAAAUAAGGCUUCAUAUCGAAGCAAUAAAAGUGCAGCCUUAGCAGCAUUAGGCAGGAUUCUUGAGGCAGUUUUUGAGUGCAGAGAAGCCAUUCGAAUUGAACCUCAUUAUCACAGAGCUCACCAUCGGUUAGCAAACUUAUAUCUCAGACUAGGAGAAGUGGAAAAGGCAAUAUAUCACUACAAGCAUGCAGGCCUUGAGGCUGACCGUGAUGACAUUGCUAAAGCUAAAACUCUUCAGGCACAUUUAAACAAAUUUACUGAAGCUAAAAGGCUACGAGAUUGGAACACCCUGCUAAAAGAAACAGAUUCAACUAUUAAUGCUGGUGCAGAUUCAGCUCCACAGAUAUAUGCAUUGAAAGCCGAGGCCUUGUUGAAGCUCCACAGACACCAAGAGGCCGAUGAAGCAUUAUUGAAAGGUCCAAAUUUCAAUGUUGAUGACUGCACUAAAUACUUUGGCCCAAUUGGUAACGCGAAUUUGCUAGUUGUUCGAGCUCAGGUGGACAUGGCUGCCGGCAGAUUUGAUGAUGCCUUGGCGGCGAUUCAGCGAGCUGUUAGGCUUGACUCGAACAACAAAGAAGCAAACUGUGUAAUGAGGAAAGCUAGAGCAGUGGCAGCAGCUCGAUCAAAUGGCAAUGAGUAUUUCAAGGCAUCAAAAUUCUCCGAGGCGUGUGUUGCUUAUGGCGAGGGGCUUGAUCAUGAUCCACACAACUCCGUCUUGUUGUGCAACCGAGCAGCUUGUCGCUCCAAGCUUGGACACUACGAAAAGGCAAUAGAGGACAGCACCCAUGCCCUUAAUGUGCGCCCUGGCUACAGCAAAGCUAGACUAAGAAGAGCCGAUUGCAAUUUCAAGUUGGGAAAAUGGGAAGCUUCACUGCAAGACUAUGAGAUCUUGCAAAGAGAAACACCGGACAACGAGGAGGUGAAACGGGGCUUGUCUGAGGCUCAAAUGCAACUCAAGAAACUACAUGGCGAAGUUAUAUAAGACGAGAAGAGUACGAUGGAGCUUGGUGAACACGAAAGAUGAGCCCGACAUGGAGAAAAGAGAGGAAGCUCAAAGGCAGCGACAAAAGACACCAGCCAAGAAAUUAUGGACAGCAGGUUUGGUUGUUGUGUUGCCUGUCGGGCAAAGUUAUUAAUUAAUAUCGUACCAAUAGUGUUUCGAUUUUAUUUAAAAAUAUGGUAUAUGCCAGAAUUAGUG